AAUUGCAGUCCCCACAUUUUCCAGGAGUAAGCUACCAUGGAACCCAACUUUAACGACCAAACACAACAGCAACAACACCACCACCUGGUCGCGUGGGCCCCUACAGCGUGGGCCCAGCUCUCCGCAGUCCGCCACCAAUCGCCUCUCAUCCAGUGUAUCACUAACUACGUCUCCAUGGAUUUAGUGGCCAAUACUCUUCUCUCCGCCGGUGCCUCACCCGCCAUGCUUCACUCCGCCGAAGAAAUCCCGGACUUCACUCCUCACGUCCACGCGCUCUACAUCAACGUCGGCACACUCUCCCCCGACUGGCUACCCGCCAUGAAGAUUGCUGCGGAGUUGGCCUCAAAUUCGGGUAAGCCCUGGGUUCUUGAUCCGGUUGCCGCCGGCGCUUCUGGUUUCCGGUUGAAGGCUUGCUUGGAACUCGUCGGCCUGAAGCCUACCGUCGUUAGAGGGAAUGCCUCCGAGAUCAUCGCCCUCUCUAAUGCCUCUGUCGGCCCCACAAAGGGAGUAGACAGCUCUCAUGAGUCCAUGGAUGCAGUGGAUGCGGCAAAGAGGCUGGCUGAAGCAAGUGGGAGCAUAGUUGCUGUGUCUGGAGCUGUUGACAUCAUAACUGAUGGGAAGAGAGUUGUUGCUGUUCACAAUGGGGUGCCCAUGAUGCAGAAGAUUACUGCAACUGGAUGUGCAGUCACUGCACUCAUUGCUGCUUUUGUAGCUGUUGAUCCUUUGCAUGCUUUUGAAGCCACAGCUUCAGCAUUAUCCGUGUUUGGCAUUGCUGGUGAGAUGGGGAUGGAUGUUGCCAAUGGUCCAGCUUCAUUGCGAAUGCAAAUGAUAGAUUCCCUCUAUGGAAUCGAUCAAGCAGCUGUGCUUUCUCACGUUCACAUCAAGAGUUUGCCAUGAAUUUGAGGAGAAUAUAAAUGGUGGUAUUAGAGGUUGCACCUCAGCAAGCCCACAAGCAUUCUUGAACUUUCCUGUAUCACCAGUUACUGACAAAAUGGACAUGGUACUACCGAUCUUGUAUGCACCAUAGAAGUUGAGACUGUCACCAUACUCCCCUUCAAUCACAGCUGUAAAUGCCAUCAUCUGCGUUGUCUCAUCUGCAGAAGUAGCCACAUAAACUCCUUGGGCUGUCCCUAGAGGUUGUGGCCCUAAGUCAUGACUAGAGGUUAGUAUGUCAUCAAUGACAGUGAUUGUUCUGAAACCUAGUCCCAAGCCAUCUGGUCCUAGUUGGGUCUGAAUGUUGCCAUUUAGGUAUUGUUGAUUCUGUUUUCCAGCAAAAGAUGUCCCAGCCAAGCCAGUUCCUAGUGGAAUGCUGUUGACCCCAUUCAUUGUUGGAAUGGCACCGUUAGCAUUGGGGAUAGCAAUACCACCUUGGGGGGAAGGAAUCCUAUUGGGUUGGCAAAGCACACCUGACAUUGUAGAUAUUUCCUGGCAACCCGGUGAUUGCCUUGCGGUAGGGUUACUGCCUCCAAGUAUGUCAUGCAUAUAAAAUUCAAUGCGUUCUCCACCAGCCAGGGCAGACUCAACUGCAGUCACAAAUAUCAUGAUGUUUGCUAUUGCAAGUAGCAAUGCAAUGAAACUAAAUAGUGAUAAUUGCUUAAAUAUCUUGUAGUGUGCAUAUCUGAGGCUUUAGGAUCUGUAAGAAGGCUGAGGGUUUUUGGAUGAGGUUGUAAUUGACAAAUUUGGUGCUUAAAUUGAGAGCCUAUUAUCAAGACUGAGAUGGGGUUGUUGGGAAUUCUGAACUUAGUAAAGUUGUUGGAACCAUCUGAGUUAAAAGAAGUUGAAUCUUUUUGUUGUUGUUUA